ACCGACGCACGUGGGCAUAAAGAUCAUGUGCGCGCGCAAAUCCGUAACAGAGCGCUCGUUUUGCGUCUCUGCAUUUCGUUUAUUAACGAUUCCAGUGAUGUGGUGGGUAAAGGCGGUAGUUGCGCGCGCGCUGUCAGUCGUUGCGUGAGUGCUUGCGUGUGAAUCCGGUUACAAAUCUAAAGGGGGAAAAAGAUACCAGAGACCAGACAGAGCUUCGAUUGAUUUUCGCUUUCUCUCUCUCUCUCUCUUUCUCUCUGUGUCUCUGUUUUUUUUCUUCUUUGAAGCUAGAUGAGAUAAAAAUUUACGAGCUCGCGGGCUGUCUUUUCAAGCAGUCUGUCAGAACAAUCAACUGUUGCUGCGCACAAGCGAUUUGAAAUUUCACAGGCUUUCUCAUGUGGCUUUGAAUUUGGCACGGCGCGGCGAUGGGCGUGUGAUUCCAGCGCGCCACUGAAUUGUUCAGUAACAUGGAAGAAAGACUGUUGCUAACAACGAUGCGUUGGCUACACUCGCGUGCUCGCUUUUGAUAUUGCAGACGAGUCUUACACAAUGAGCGCGCGCUCCGCGGCUCGCCGCGCUUUUGGUUCGGGCUUAUUGCUUAUCUGGAUCCGACCGUGAAAGGCGACCGUGCGGACAGUAAUAAGACAGACUCGACGUUUCAAGAUCGUGGUUGGAUUUACGAUUGGGUUGAUUUUGACCUUGGCAGUGUUAAAGAGAAAAUAACCGCCCAGAUGCUGAUGAUGGAGAACGGCGGGAUGGACGCGCAUCAGGUUGAACGUGACGGGGAUUACGGCCGCGCGCGCGCCUGCACCUGGCCACAGCUGCCACGUCCGGAAGAGGAGCUCCGUGUUCCGCCAGUAAAAGUGGAGCCCUUUGACGUGCCCGCGUGUCGCGCCGAGAGAAACGGCGGCGGAGCACCGGCAGAGCUGAAGCACCCCACCGGUGCACCGGUACCCCUCGCGGCCGCCGCCGCUGCGCUGGACGCGGCCGGCCAGCUGCGCAAAUCCAAAUCGUCGCGGCGGAACGCGUGGGGCAACCAGUCAUACGCCGACCUCAUCACCCGCGCCAUCGAGAGCACACCCGACAAGCGCCUCACACUCUCCCAAAUCUACGACUGGAUGGUGCGCUUCGUGCCAUAUUUCAAGGAUAAAGGGGACAGCAAUAGCUCUGCCGGCUGGAAGAACUCCAUUCGCCACAACCUGUCCCUGCAUACCCGCUUCAUUCGUGUGCAGAACGAGGGAACAGGCAAGAGUUCAUGGUGGAUGCUGAACCCAGAAGGUGGAAAGAUGGGAAAGGGCCCUCGUCGGCGGGCUGCCUCCAUGGACAAUGGCACAAAAUACCUAAAAUCCCGAGGCCGAAUAAGCCGAAAGAGGGCAAUGGGGAUGGGCCGAGGACUUGGCGCUGGACCUGGCAUCCAAGGGUCCCCAGAGCAUGGUAGCCCAGCUGGGAAGGGUGGCAUGGGAGUAGGGAGUGAGGAGUUUGAUGCCUGGGCAGACCUGCAUUCCAGAACAAGUUCCUCUGCAUCCACAUUGAGUGGCUGCCUAUCACCAAUCGUGGCCGAAGCAGAGCCAGAUGAACCAGAGGAGGGAGGGCUGUCCUGUUCAGCUUCCCCUCGCCUCUAUCCGAGCCCCACUAGUACCAGAUCACCGGCUUUAGGCACAGGGGGCCACUGUCCUUCAGUAGAGCUCCCUCAAUUGGCUGACCUUACUGGAGCCAUCAGCUUGGAUGAAGACUUCUCUCAACCACAGCAACUCAAGUGCAAUGGCUACCAUUAUGGACCAGGCCCCAAGGGGGAAACAUCAUACUGUGGUACCGUCUAUGGUCAGCCUUCCAUGAGUAUGCUGAGGCACCAUGCCCCUAUGCAGACUAUCCAGGAAAACAAGCCAACCAGCUUCCAGCGCCCCCUUAGGGCUUACUCAGAGAACAAUGCUCUGGAGAGCCUAUUAGCUGGUGGACCACAGUACUGUGGGAAGGACAUGGUAGUCGGGCAAGGUCAAACUGCCCAUUCACUAAUGUCACAGUCUAAUGGCAUUGUGCACUCUCAUGGCCAUGAUCAGAGCUGUAGUCACAAUCACAGCCAGAAUCCCAAUCCCAAUCAAAACCUUCACAACGAUCAUGGAGCAAACCAUAAGCAGAACUCAAGCCUUCAUCACAACCAAAAUCCCAACAAGCAUCUUCCAGAUCUAGACUACAACCAUGGUUCCAAACAUCACCCUGCUCAUGACUAUGGCCAACCUCACAAGCAAAACCAUAAGCUUAACCCCAGCUCUAAUUCAAACCACAUGCACAGCCAUAUGCAGCACAGCAACUCAAGGCAGUCAACUCUCUCUCCCAGAGUCAACAAUGAUAUGUUGCAACCCUACAACCACAAAUCCUCCAAUCCGUAUGGCCCUCGUGCCCACCUUCCCUCUACCUCCCUACCCCCUAACCCAGCCGGCUUCAUGGAUGUGCCCCAGGACCCCUCCUUUAUGGCGUCUGCACCACAAACCCGCCAUCAACCUUACCCUGGUGCUCAACACCAGGGCCUGACAGAACCCUGGCAUGUAUACUACCACUACCACCACCAGUCAGCCCAGAAUGGCAGUCACCAAACUGGUCACCACCAGCCACCUCACAACCGACUGCAGCAGUCAGAGAUGGAUAUAGAAGUCCAUCAGAGCAGUCUGGAUGGCGAUGUGGAGUCUGUCCUUCUCAACGAUUUCAUGGACUCUACAGAGGGAAUGGACUAUAACUAUGACGGAUCACUUUCACAGGGUGUUGGAAUGGGAAUAGGCUUGGGAAUCGGAAUGGGGAUGUUCACAGGGCCUCCGCAAUCACAUAACAGCCAGAGUUGGGUUCCUGGGUAACACAAACACUUGAUUUGGAAAACUUUAACCGUAGGAUCCAGUGGGAGCUGGGGUGGGGUCUGAUCAGGUCAGAACUGAUUUGACUGUGAUUUAUUUUUGCUCAGAGAGCCAAAAGUACAAGAAGGCAUUUUAAGGACAUAUAGUUGCUGGUGUCAGUGCAGUCAUUUUGAACGUAGAGUUCUCCAUAAAUAUUCUUCCUCUUUCUUCUCUCCUUCUCUCUGUGGAUUAAUAUAAUGGCAUUCUUCAACCAAGUUUUGUCCUAUCUCUGUCCCUCAGUUUACUCUUUAAUAUCCAUAACAUCUUUCCGGUCAAAAGCUCUCAAGCACUUUACAUCUAUCUCCCUAAAUUCAGAGGCAGUAACAGCCACUCUGAAACCAGGGGAAUCGUAUUGUUUGCUGGUUCGCUGGGUUUUAUGUAUCCAAAUGAUUCUGUUAUCCUUGCAGAAUGAAAAAAAUUGUGGUGUUUUUUUUUUGUUUUGUUUAUUUUUUAUUUUUUUUAAAGGAUGGAGAAAUAAAUAUCUGUACUGUCAGGCAGUGUUGUGUACAUGUUGGUCAGGGUUGUGUGUGUGCGUGUGUGUGAGCGUGUGUCCUCGUCCCAUGCAGGUUCAUCGGAUGUCCCUUUUUUCCAUAUGCUAGGACAGUCAUCCAUCAGCUCCACUUUAUUGAUAUUCAGCACAUCGUUUUUAUUCUCCAAAGUAAUGCAGCAGCUAUGCAUCACUACUCCAAAUCGAAUGUGGCACUCAGAGUGUCUUUUUUUUUCAGGCAAACCAGCUUAAUGUGUUUUGGCUAGAGUGAUGAUUGAAGUCACUCUACAGCAAAUGGUGGGGAAGAAGAGAACGAGAGGUGGAGAGGGAGAGGGAGGUAGCCAUAGACAUAGAUAUGGAGAGAGAGAGAGAGAGAGAGAGAGAGAGAGGAGACAUGCAAAUAAUACCCUGUUCCUCUUUCUCUCCGUCUGUGGAUUUAUGUAGCUUUCGCUGUAAUGAGAUAAGGAACGAUCCGAGGCUACCACACUUCCUGAGCGAGGCUCUUUCCAGUGGCCAACUGUACUGUGGCAGCCUCAUAUGAUCUGAAGCACUUUGAGCUUCAACUUUACUGGGCCUUUUGUUUACAUUAGCAUACUGCAUUACCAUGAUCCUAUGCAGUGUUACUUUAGAUAAUCAAUGCUGAUAUAUCAAUCAUGAAGCCUCAUUAACCCUCAUUAACUCUGCACUCUCAAUCCUAAUUCGACAUCGUGCAGGAACUUUGCAGAAAGUAACCUUAAAUGACAUUCUGUUGCAUCAGCUUAAUAAAGUAAUUGGUUAUAGUGUGGUGAUAACAUUGCCAAAAGACAAAACCAUAAAUCUAGACUUCUGAGAAAAGCUAUAUUACACUGCCUUCAGAAUAAACACUAGUGAACUGCAUGCUAAUUAGCACAAUCAGAAAAUGGGGUGCUAUCUCCCUUUCACAGACGAACUCCUGUCAUAUCCUCUUCAUCCACUGAUUACACUUAGGGGAGAUAGAAGUAAUUAAGUGCUUACCAAGAAGGAUGAUUUGUGUGUAUUUUCGAUUUUGAAAAAGCUUUUACUUUCGCCAUCAUGCUACCACCUGAGGUAUGUCACCUCGCAGCCCUCCAUUCAGACGUCUCAUCGCUAAUGGCCACAUCUCGGACAUAUCUUUCUUUUUUUGUCUUUUACUAUAGAUGUUAUGUAAUUUUGUGGGGGUUUUUUUUGGUAGGGGUGGGGUGGGGUGGUGUUAUACGUUUCAGUAUGUUCCCCAGUGAGUGGGGGAAUCUGAUUUCUCAUGAUGCUCGAUCUCAGCACCUCCUCAUCGGGUACAAGUCUCUAGAAAAGUAGAGCAAGAGAGAUAAAGGGAGAGAGAAGGAUAGAAAAAAAGAGGAACGAGUGGAGGAGACUGAUCGAUAGGCUGACAGAGAAAGACGGAUUGGAGAAUGAAUGAGUUGAAAAGGAGAGCAAUAGGUUGCUAGGAGGAAAAAAAUGAGCUCAGAGAGAUAUAUAGAUAGAGAGAGAGACAGACAGAGAGAGAGAGGAGAGAGUGUGAGUGUGUGUUUCCAUCAGAGUACCUUCCCUCAGCAAAGCUGUUUGAAUCAGGCCAAAUGUCAAGUGCCUCUCUGCAGCUUUUCUUGCACACACUCUGAUCAGAUAGCCAGCCUUCUCCCUCUCUGUUUGUCUCUCUCUCUCUCUCUCAUCUCUCUCUUUACCACUGAGGACAAUAAAGCCUGUCUUCAUCUGCCAUCUUUUUUCCCCUCUGCCUUUCUUUAUGUUCUUGGUGACCGGCGCUCUAUCAUUCCCCCAACCGUGUUUUGGUCCCUGACCCCAUGUCUGCUUCUGUGUAAAGCUUCUUGUGUGUGUGUAGCACAGUGGUGUAUCUGAAAUGACUAUGGAAAUCCAUUGAGGUUGUGCCCUGGUAUCCACUAUGCCUGGCUAACAACAAUAUGAUUAUACAGUUUAUAUUUAUUGGGUAAAAAAGAUGGGUCUGUGGGUGAAUCUGCGGAACCCCUGAAUCUCCUGUCAUCUUUAUUAUCGAAUCAUGAUGUUAUUACAUUUUGACUUAUGUUUCCUCCUGUACAAAAUCUGUAUGGAGAAGAAAAAUUGUAUAAUAAUUUUUGACAAAAAAUCUUGGUUUUAUUUCUUUUUUAAAAUGAUGUAUCUGCUCAUCUGGUGAUUGUAAAAUAAAAACAAAA